AUUUCAGAUUUCCGCAAGAGGAACAUUGAUGCCUCCGGUGUGCGCUGGCAGAGCCGGGGGGACACCCCGUGUGCCUGUUGCCUGGUUAAUGUCACCGCCGGUUCUCGCACCGUCACGCUCUAUGACACGAACCUUCCAGAUGUUACCGCAGAAGACUUCCAGAAAGUGGACCUGUCCUCGUACAAGUGGAUUCACUGGGAGGGCCGGAACGCCGGUGAGCAGGUGAAGAUGAUUGGACGGGUGGAAGAUCACAACAAGAAAUGUCCCCCCGACCAGCGAAUCAGAAUCUCCGUGGAGAUCGAGAAACAACGAGAGGAACUAUUCCAACUUUUCCAACACGGUGAUCUGGUGUUUGUCAGUAAAGAUGUGGCCAGGUAUUUGGGCUUCAAUUCUGCAGCGGAGGCAGUUUUGGGUCUAUACCCCCGGGUGCAGCAGGGGGCUUACCUGGUAUGUGCCUGGGCUGAGCAAGGAGCACAUGCGGUGGGUCCAGAGGGACAAGUCAUCCAUUCCCCGGCCUUCCCCCCUGACGCCAUUGUGGACACUCUAGGUGCUGGUGACACGUUCAACGCCUCCGUCAUAUGUGCUUUGUCUAAAGGUCAGUCUAUGGAGGAAGCUCUCACCUUCGGCUGUCGUAUAGCGGGCAAGAAGUGCGGCAUACAAGGCUAUGACGGGAUCGUCUCAUGAUCAGAGCUCCGCCCCGCCCUUCCCCCCAGAACAAAGA